AUGAAGUUAACUAUAAAAACACUUAAAGGAAAUGAUUUUUUUGAAAUAAACUUUUAAAACGAAACAACUAUUUCAUAAAUAAAAGACACAAUAUGUUAAAAAAAAGGAGAACAAUGUAAAGAAAACAUAAAAUUAGUACAUAAAGGUAAACAAUUAAACGAUGAUUAAAAAAAUUGUCAAGAACUUGGAAUAAAAGAAAAUGAUUUUUUAAUAAUGAUGGUGUUUACUAAAAAAUAAGGCCAAAUACCAAAAUAAUAACCUGCUGAAAUAUAAAAUGAAUAAUAGACAUAAAUUAAUCCUCCAGUGCAAUCCGAUUCUGCUUAAAAUCACCUUUAAAAACCCCCUUGUCAAAUCUCUUAAUAAUAAUCAACCGAAAACUCUGAAUUCGAGCAAAAAGUAAAAGACAUAGAAGCUAUGGGUUUUGAAAAAUCAAAAAUAAUUCAAGCAUUAUAGGCAGCAUUUAAUAAUUAAGAAAGAGCAAUCGAAUAUUUAUUAAAUGGAAAUAUUCCUAUAUUAUAAUAAUAAUAAUAAUAGCCCAAUCUAUAAAAUUAAGAAUAACCUUUAGAUCCUGUAAACCUUGAAGAAUUAUAAGCAUUAGCUCAAAAUCCAUAAUUUUAAUAAAUAGUUUAGGUUAUAAGGUAAAAUCCAUAAUUGAUUUUGCCUAUUUUAUAAGAAUUAUCUUAAACUAAUCCUUAAUUAGCUUAAUUAUUAUAAUCGAAUCCCCAAGCAUUUUUAUCAUAUAUAUUAUAAUAAGAAGAUUAAUAAGAUGAUAAUGAUGAAAGUAAUGCAAUUUAAUUAAAUAAUUAAGAAUCUAACGAUGUUGAAGAAAUUAUUAUGCUUGGAUUUGAUAAAAAUGAUGCUUUAGAAGCAUAUAUAGCUUGUGAUAAAUAAAAAGAAUUAGCAAUAAAUUAUUUAUUUGAUUAAAAAGAUAAAGGAAAUCUUUUAUGUAUAUUUAUAAAAAUUCAGUCAUAGUUAUAUAUAUUUAAAUUCUUUUUUAAAAAAAAGCUGCUCAUAUUUAAAAUCAAAUCUAAGGAUAAUAAGGUAACUAAAAUAGUUAAAAUGAAAGAAUGGAAGGUUAAGAAAGUGAUGAUGACAUAUAUAAAUGAUUUUUAUAUAUAUUUUUAUAGUUAUUUAAUAAUUUAAAAAUAAUUUUUAUAGAUAUAUUUUUUAUAAAAAUAUAAAUAUUUAUUUUGUUUUAAAAUUAAAUACAAAUAUAUAUAAAAAAUAUAAUGUUAAAAUUUAAUUUUUAAUUUAAACAUUUUUAAUUAUUGA